AUGCUGCAAUUAAUAAUCAUUUUGGUGCUGAUUAAGAGUGUGCAGGCACAAGAUCUCUUUGAUCUGAUCGAUUAUGACCCGAACAUAGCGCUGGCUGCUGCCGGGAUGGGACUAGGAUUCUUUGGCGGAUUAGGAUUAUAUCUGAUUCGACUUCGGGCUGCAGCUGAAUUGAGCAAUAUAUCGACUCAAACAUCGGGUUCACAUGAGAGCUUUUCAAUCGAUUUGACGACUGGCGAUUCGUGUUUAAUGGAGGAUGUGAUGAUCUCUGUUGAAUUUUUGCCCUCGUCGCCGUCGUCAUCCUCGAACGGACAAAAGAAUCAGCACAGCACACCAGAAUGA